GUUAAAGCGAGGGGGGGAAAGAAAAAAAAAAGACAAACCCAAAAACCUGCCACAGCGAGCAGGCAGCUAAAGCAGACUUCAGUGGGACGGGAAUCCCACUCCGCUCGGGCACCAUAUAGGGAAGCUUCUCCUGUUGGUAUUUCUUAUCCGAGUUCUUGUUCUACAGGUGGAAAGUGGUUUCCUAGCAUGAAACAAGCUUGGGACAAGAACGUUUUCGAGAAUGGGCAAAGCAAACAGCAAGGAACAGGCCCGGUGGACUCGGCGCCUUCAUUCGAGCACCUCCAGAAUACUGGUUCAGGAGACAAGUAUGAUAAGACGGUGCUUCCUGUUGGUGGAGCCUUAAGCGGAGCCGGUCAAAAUCUGCUGCUUACUCCGGCCAGUCUGCAGCUGGCCCAGCUCCAGGCUCAGCUCACCCUGCAUCGCCUCAAACUCGCCCAGAACAGCAACACUGCUGCCGCUGCCACAGUCCUCAAUCAAGUCCUCUCCAAUGUGACCAUGUCCCAGCCGCUAUUUAACCAGCUUAGAGGCUCCAGCAUGCCGCAGGCUCCAGGAACAGGCUUUCCUUCAACACCGAUAACCUUUCCCCCUCCUGCCACCCCCCUAAGCACCCUGGUAGGGGGUGCGUUCACCCAGAACCAUGCUGGGAUCCGAAUGAAUCACUAUGGAGGAGGUGGAAACAUGAACCAGAGUGCCAACCCACACGGGGAAUGUGGGAAUAAGCCCAGCAAAUUUCAGGCAGGGUUUCUGGGAGGAAUCACAGCAGGGGCCAGUAAAGCAGGUGAAGGAGGACAGUAUGGAGGCACUGGUGGUCCCAAAACCAACAGCCAAAACAACUACCAGAGAGACUUCUACUCUUCUGAGAGUCAACUCCAGGGCUCUGGCCAUACGGAACAAUGGAAAACCCCAGCCGGCUUUCCCAUCUCGGGUAAACUUGAUGUAGGAACGGGUGUCGGGGGCAGUACAUGGGCACCAUCCACACAUGGAUUUAUUGGUCCACGAGCAGAGCUGUACAAUCCCGAGGAGCCCACUGGUGACCCCAAGUUCAGCUCAGCAGGAGGCCUUGGUUUUAGCACUGCCGGUGGUUCGCAGGGGUUUCUGGGAUACCCACAGCAACAGAAGGGUGAGGAUGGGAGGGGCAUGACUUUACAAGCGCACCAGCUCAAUGACUAUCAUGGCGUCACACCAUCACACCUACCCCACCAGUGCACCAUUUGUGAAAAGAAGGUUUACAACUUGAAGGAUUGGGACCAGCACGUGAAGGGCAAGUUGCAUAUACAGAAUCGCUCGCUGUACACUGACGGCCCUGCACUUGGAGCCCUGCACUUUCCUGUCGCCUCGGAAGGAUGCCUCGACUCAGCACUGAAUAACAGCACCAUGGCGUACUCGUCCGCCGCCGGCCAAGAUGUUUCAACCGGAGGCUCCUCUUUUUUACCAGCUGCACCUAUGAAGUCAUUUCCUCUCUCGGGGGCGGGAUUUACGUCACACCAACCGGGGACAAAGUUUGUAGCGCGGAAGCCGGGUCCCGGGCGCGUCGUCCACAUCUGUAACCUCCCUGAGGGCAGCUGCACCGAGAACGAUGUGAUCAACCUGGGUCUGCCCUUCGGCAAGGUCACCAACUACAUCCUCAUGCGCUCCACACACCAGGCUUUCCUGGAGAUGGCGUACGUGGAGGCGGCUCAGGCCAUGGUGCAGUACUACCAGCUCCAUCCGGCCACCAUCAAUGACCAGAAGCUCCUCAUACGUAUGUCCAAGAGAUACAAGGAGCUGCAGCUCAAGAAACCCGGUAAAGACGUCGAGUCCAUCAUCCAGGACAUCAACUCUCAGAGGGAGAGAGACGAGCUGCACGAGAUGGACCGGUAUCCACAAGAGCGGACGCGCUCGCGCAGCCCCGUCACUCGCUCCCUGACUCCGCCCUCACACAGCCCCAGCUUCACGUCCUGCAGCUCCACCCACAGCCCCCAGGCGGCGCCUUGGAUGAACGGCGUCGGCCCGCGGCGCGGAUCGUGGGACUGGACGCCGCGCGACAGGGACGAGUGGCGGAACGGCGAGGACGACAGGCCCAACGAACGCAGGAAGCCCUACCUCAAACCGGCAGACGAGCGCAGCAGGGAGCGCUAUUUCUCCUCCCACCAUCCCGCCGCUGCAGACGACUUCUAUAAGAAGGAAAAGCUCCCGCGCGUCUCCCAGCACCAGAGACACGAGCCGAAGUUCAAGCGGCGAGACGGAGGCGGGGACCACCACAGGAGCAGACAUUCGGAAUCCGAGCCCGGGGAGGACGGACGAGGCAGGAGGACGAGCAGGAGGCACGACAGAGAGCCUAACAAUCACAAAGAAUCUACAGAGCACAGAGCCAAAGACAGAUCGUUAUCUCCGCACAGCAGCAAACUGACAGAGCCCAGCGAGGGCGAGCGCGACCGAGAGAGCGAGGCGGAGGAGUGUGGAAGUGGCGAGGACACGGAGGGCGAGUGCUGGUACCCUAAGAGCAUGGAGGAGCUGGUGACCGUGGACGAGGUGGGCGAAGAAGACGACUCCAUCGUCGAACCCGAUCUCCCCGAGCUGCAGGAAGAGGAGCAUGAGGAGGAGGAGGAGGAGGAGGUGGAGGGGGGGCGUGAGGAAGAGGAGGAGACCACGUCGGCGAAGGAGGAGAAACGGGAGUCGGCGCCGGACGCUGUAACGGAAGAAACGCCGAGGCCUAAUCAGCCGGACUGCGCGGAAGCUCCGUCCUCUCACAUCUGCCUCUUCCCAAACCAAGAGUUUAAAAGUGCGCUAGAGGAGGCAGCAGAGCCGGGCGUAUCUCCGGCACACACCGUCGAGACACACGCCCCCGCCACACAAGCGGUGCCUGAGAGCGUGCGUGAGGCGGAAAAGGUCACGGAAAAACACACGGGGAGGACGAGUGAGGCUGAGAAGAAGGAGACGCCGCAUGUUGAGGACAACCAGAAAAGAGCAGAGAACACAAUUCGGCAGCCUGCAAGUUCGCCGCAGGGGAUCGGCAUCGAAGCGCCGUCGCCGUCGCGAGAGCAGGAGAAGAUCAUCAGCGAGCACAGCAUCCCGCUAGGUGUGGAGUUCGUCGUCCCGAGCGCCGGCUUCUACUGCAAACUCUGCAGCUUUUUCUACACCAGCGAGGAGACGGCCAAGACCACGCACUGCCGGAGCACCGUUCACUACCGCAACCUGCAGAAGUACCUGUCUCAGCUAGCCGAGGAGAGUCUGCUGCACUUCGGCGCUGACGCGGAGUGAAAACGGGACGCAGCCGGAGACGUCAGCAGUGUGAGCACCCCUCGCUCGCUCGCUCGGAGACGAGGAGGAGAACUGAACCAGGACACACAGAGAGAGAGAGAGAGAGAGAGAGAGUGUAAGAGAGAAACGAGGCCGGUCCGUGCAAACAUCCUGCGUAUUUAAAGCCGACUUCAGAAAACGCUCACGCUUCAAUUAACCGCCGAAGAAGUGCGACGAGACGGGAGCGCACGCGUCAUCACGUCUUCUGAACAACACGUCUAGUCAUUUUCCUGAUGUCCCUAAAUCCACAUGAAGCAGUCGGAUGGGAACGUCACUGAAGCGGCGCAGGAAGCACGGGUCACCGAACAGGGCCUGAUUUGAAUGUGUAAAAUAGUUCACCUCGAAGCUCACCUGAGCGUGCCUUUUCACGGUAAGUGAUCUUGUAAAGCUGGGCGUGGGCUGUGCUCUAAAUGCCACCAAAGCGGGGAGAUGAAGUCGGCCAUUUUGGAGCACAGCUCACACCACACAUGUAUGUGGUAUAGGAAUGUGCGAAUACAGUGGAGUGGUCACAUGACGCAGGCAAUGCUCAUAUGUGCUAAGGGCUGGUUCGCUUGAUGGCGUUUCCCUUUUUAAGGUGUGAUGUGUGUGAAUCAAAGAAAGUAUUAAGUUAUUAUUUGUGAUGCACUGGAUGUCCUCGAGGACCGGGAAGAGGACGACUGCCUUUUGAAUCAGGUCUCCGCACACUUGCCCUCAGGUCAAUGAGAAAUGACUCGUUCUUGUUAAUAAUGCAAAGAUAUUUUAUUUUGAAUAAAUAUAAAAACCCAGGACUCAACCCUUUUUCAUCCACGCUGUGUAUAACGCUUUUUUUUUUUAAUGUACAGUAGCGCUACAUGAACCGGACCAUGUGUGUUGUUUCUCCUGUCUGAGGCGAACCUGUGUACAGAAUAAAGUGAAGUGUGUGUGUGAUGCUAGUUUGCAGUAAGGGGGACGGGAUUGUGGAAGGCUUUUUCUUCCACAUGUUUUAUACAAUAUUAUUACGAGUGUCCCGCUUUUGAGACAUGACCCAUUUUUGAAAAUGUUACUCAGAUGUUCCGAUGCAAAUUCUUCAAUAAACACUUGGAGAAAUAAUUGGUGUCGCAUUGGUUUGUGUGUGUGUGUGUGUGUGU